CCAAGACCCUUCAAUGUGUAGGCUGAUGCUCUAACCACUGAACUACACCAGCCAGGAUGAGUAUCUGAGUAAACAUGUCACACUCUGCUGUUUUGGGUUGCAUAUAAUUAAACAUGUCAGGCUGCUGUUCAGAUGUGUGUGCAUGCACACACAUGUGCAUGAGAAAUACCUUCCAGGCACCAUAACAUUUGGCCCUAGCAGGGCAAGUCUCUUCCCUCUCAGCUUUUUUCAAACAUGGCACUUUACUGUCCACUCAGCCAUGGGAUCUCCUCUUCACCCCAGACCUGCUCACCUUUCAAGAGCCCUCCAGAGGGUGCAUUUUGAGGGUUGUGCCAUACCUAGUGGUUCCUGAGAUUCAUACCACGAGAAGAUGCCCCCACCCUCAUUGAAGGAUUGUGUAGAUUUGGAGCCCGGGUGGUCAACCACCCAUCUUGCCAUUGGCUUCUGUGUUUAGCAUCCCUGGGAAGUCAUGCAUGUCUUGACCCCUCGACCUCCCACCAGCAGUGGAUGUGGCAUGGCCGGAAGGCAUCCUAGGCCUCCUCUUCUGAGACUUACUCUUUUAUCUCCUUCUGUUCCCCAGCUGGUCAGUGAGAAGGUCGGAGGGGCUGAAGGGACCAAGCUUGACGAUGACUUCAAAGAGAUGGAGAAGAAGGUGGAUGUUACCAGCAAGGCUGUGGUGGAAGUGCUGGCCAGAACCAUCGAAUACCUGCAGCCCAACCCAGCCUCACGGGCCAAGCUGACGAUGCUCAACACAGUAUCCAAGAUCCGUGGGCAGGUGAAGAAUCCUGGCUACCCGCAGUCGGAGGGCCUGCUGGGCGAGUGCAUGAUUCGUCAUGGGAAGGAGCUGGGUGGCGAGUCCAACUUUGGUGACGCCCUGCUGGAUGCAGGGGAGUCCAUGAAGUGCCUGGCUGAGGUGAAGGACUCCCUGGAUAUAGAGGUGAAGCAGAACUUCAUCGAUCCCCUCCAGAACCUGUGCGACAAAGACCUGAAGGAGAUCCAGCACCACCUGAAGAAGCUGGAGGGCCGCCGCCUUGACUUCGACUAUAAGAAGAAGCGGCAGGGUAAGAUCCCCGAUGAAGAGCUGCGCCAGGCCCUAGAGAAGUUUGAAGAGUCCAAGGAGGUGGCCGAGACCAGCAUGCACAACCUCCUGGAGACUGACAUUGAGCAGGUGAGCCAGCUCUCUGCCCUGGUGGACGCCCAGCUGGAAUACCACCGGCAGGCUGUGCAGAUCCUGGACGAGCUGGCCAACAAGCUUAAGCGAAGGAUGCGGGAAGCCUCUUCGCGCCCCAAGCGGGAAUAUAAGCCCAAGCCCCGGGAGCCCUUUGACCUCGGAGAGCCUGAGCAGUCCAAUGGGGGCUUCCCCUGCACCCCAGCCCCCAAGAUCACAGCACCCCUGGACCAGCCAAGCUGCAAGGCAUUGUACGACUUUGAGCCCGAGAAUGAUGGGGAGCUGGGCUUCCACGAGGGCGACAUCAUCACACUGACCAACCAGAUCGACGAGAAUUGGUACGAGGGCAUGCUCCAUGGCCAGUCGGGCUUCUUUCCCCUCAGCUAUGUGGAGGUGCUGGUGCCCCUGCCUCAGUGACAGCGUCGGCCUGCCCGCCCCUCUGUCCAGAUCACCUGUAUUCCACUUGGCUCGAAGCACAGCAAGGGUAGUGCUCCUCCCAGGGCCUCCCUCGGUAUUCCUGGGGCACCAGGGACUCAAGGCAGCAGGGCCAGCCAGGGAGGCAAGGGGCCCUGUUUACACUAGUGCUCACUCAUAGUGGUGGUGGUGGCUCCCCUCCCCACUCCAUGCAGCCGUCCGGGCUCCACUGCCCUGAGGGGGGCUAACACUAAGGUGCUCUUAGAAACACUAACUUCCUUCCAUCCCCUCCAGGACUGGUAACUGGAUGGGUUCCCUUCAGUCACAAAAACACACGCAUACCCUUCGUUCCCUCCACACUGGGACCCACCCUUACUGUGAGCAGAUUGAGUCUGUGUGAUGGGGUGGUCCAAAUAGGACCCCGUACGCUGGCUCACCACCCUGCUUUUAAAUUCCCCCCAGACACUCCUCCUCAGGCCCCUGAAGACCCAUAGAUGCCACCUCCUGGCAUAGAUGCCAGGUCCCCUAAGGACAGGCCCUCUCCUCAGCUGCAGAGUGCUGAGCCCCAAACACCCAUGCCCAUCACCCUACCCCGGACCCCUCAGUCCCCACCUGCACAUGGAACCAAGCACAUGGAACGUUUCUGACACAAGCUGCCACCACUAGCCAUGCGCACGCACACACACUGACAUGCAACACAUGGGACCAUGGGAGCCUCCAGCUUCCUCUCUGCGGAAGGUCAAGCACAAAGGCUUUGAUGAGUGAGUGUUCCCAGGCCCCUGGCUGCUGGACCAUCCUGGGGAGUGUCACAGGGCCUCCCCAUCCCAAGCUGGCUGCCAUCCCCCUGUUGACAGUGCCCCCAGCUGUCUCCUCCAGACCAAGGUAGGCAGCUCCCCAGACCAGCAGGGCCCCAGCCCUGCACCUGCUUCCCCUCUUGUCUAAUCUGAAAUUCGCUCAGUGCUGGGACCUCGGGCCUGGUUCACAUUCCCUUCUUCCGAUGACCCUGCACAGCCCCCAUGACACCAGGCUCUGCUCGUCCCCAACGCCCCCCUCACCAUCGUGAGUGGGAGAGACACAGGCAUCCAGAUCAAGACAAGCAGCAUAGCCUUGGUCAAAGUCUAGGGCAGAUGGAAAUGUAAUCCUGAUAUUUUUUUUAAAGAAGUAUUAAACGUCUCUUUCUACAGUC